AGCUCGUAUCAGCCUGUCUGUCCUGUGCCAUCAGGGAAGGAGGCCUUCCUCUGGCAUUCCUUGUGUCAUCCACCGUAUCAUUCUGCACAUUGAGUAAAACAAGCUGUUUCCUUCUUGAGAGGUGCAGAGAAAAGAGCAUGAGCAACUUGAACAUAAGCUGGAGCAAUGACUGUGUCUUUUGCAGGAAGAGCAAGGCUAGGCAUGCCAAUUAUGUCACCAUACUGUGUGCUGUGACAAGUCACAAGGGAGGGUCUGGCCAUAAAAAACAGCCUAAAAUUGUGGCUGCAUGUAUGGAAAAAUGACAGCUGAGUUGCCCAGUGGGCAUUAUCUGAUAUAUUGGAGGUGUUUCCCUUAGUUCUAUACACAGCAUCACGUUUUCCUGUUUGGGUGCUAAGUGUAUAAUAAUAGUGAUAUCAAAGGCAUGAGAAUACACAUUGGAGUGUCAAAGUGGGAACAAAUCUAGCUCUUUAAUAGUCAUAGCAAAAUAGCUUUAAGGAAAAAAGCCUAACAAGAAAGUGAUAGAUUUAAUGGAUCGCAUGUGCACUGAAAACUGUCAUUAAUAGAAAUCUCCAGUUCAGCAAGACAAUAUGAAGGCAAUUCUGCCCAGAAAAAUAUGUUUUACAAGUAUGUUUCAUUUUAUAAGUUAAUUUUAAAGGGACCGUUGCACAAAGUUUGAUUAUGACAGUGGAAAAGGAGUAAACAAAGUGCAUUUUGAGGGGGGGGGAAAUGGUACUAACAGAUGUAGGAGCCAAAUACAGAAGUGUUGAGGCAAGCAUGUGCAAAAGUAUCAGCUGUGUUCUGUUUGUUUGCUUGCUUUUUCUUUGUUAUCCCAUGUAGUACUGAAAAUGAAGCUGAAUUGCUCCAGUUUAGAAACACAGUGUUAGGACACAGAAGAACUCUCCAGUAUAUAUUAUUACUUCAGUAAUAUGUUGUCUUGGAAUAGUUGUCAUAGGACCUGGUGGAAUUGCAGUUUUAUGCUGAAGGUCUUUUCUACACCCAUAAAGGCCAGGUAUGCAUUUUUCUUAAUUGUAAGCCAAAAUUCUCACAUAACCACAUGAUUCUAGGAAGUGGGACUAUAUGAAAAACAGAAAAUAUUGUGAUACACACAAUAAACCUUUGCCAGUUGGCCGUGCAGGCAUUACGCUGAUGUGUUACUGAUGGAAUCUGAAGAAACCAAUGAGGGAGGUACCACUCCUCUGGAAUCCAGCAGCACCACUGGGGAAGCCUGGAAUUCUGCAGCAGUUGAAAGAGAGCAUCAUGCCCCUCAUGCAUCAGAUAAAAUGAGCACCAGCCUGCCUGAUUCUGCAAAAGGAGUGGAGCUCAGCAUUCCUGAGGACUACCUUUGUACUCAAAGGGAAGCAGAAAACAUGCCAGGUAGACCCUCUAACCUUGUACAAAAAGUGCCAGCAGGACUGGAACAAGAGCAAGGUGAUACAGAGCCUCAAAAGGGACUCUCAGAGUGGGAGGGAGAAAUGAUUUUAGAGGAGGGUGGACGGGAUUGUUCUCUGCAACUUAAGCAAGUAGAGCUGGCUGACCUGGAAAGCAACCAGGACUUCUCUCUCAGCAUAGUGCAGGAUGGGCUAGCCACUGGCUGUGCUGUCCUGCAGGCUGUGGACCUUGGCACUGAAUGUCCUCGGUCCCAGGCAGAACUGGCUUUUCAUGGCACAGACCCUCUGGCCCAGCAUCAAAAACGUCCUUUGGCCAGUGCCAUUUCUUCUCAGAGAGAGGCACCUAAGUGCUUCUUGGUGUGUAAAACCAUUUCAGAGGGGCACUAUAAGGCUGAGCCAUCUCUGGAUAAGAUGGAGUCUUUGCAGGAGAUUGAUGAUAAUGUAGAGCAGAAUCAAAGCAGCAAUAAAGUAGCACUGGGAAAUGAUGAGCAGCCUACCUCAGAGGAAGCAGUAGAGGACAUGGCUAAACCAUACACUUCUGAAGAUGCUAAGGAAAGCAGAAGGGUGCUGCAAAGUUGGGAGAAUAUGGAGUCUUCCUAUCAAUUGUCUUCCACCUUAACAGAUGACAGCCAAAUGAGCUCACAACAAGCAGAAGGAAACAUCGCAGUUGGUGAAACACAGAAUAGCAGCCUGGUCAAAAAACAGGGAACAGUAAUGAUUCCUAAAGAAAACUCAUCCACUUGUAAAUGCCUUCAUGUUGAAGAUGAUCACGGAAAAACAGAGAGCAGACCUGCUUCUCCAGUAAUAAGUGCUUUCCAAGUAAAGAAUGCUGCAGAAAAAAAUGAGCAGGUGAAUACUUUACAGCAUAAGGAACCAGAACAGGAAGAAGCAGUGUCUGAACUUCAGCAGGAACAGGAGAAGAAAGAGUGUGAAGAACAGAAUGAGCAGAAAGAAGGAAAAUCUUUGGAACCCAGAGAUCAGAAAAACAAAGAACACAAUGAACAGGAACAAGAACUGCAGAGGGAGGAGCUAAGACUGAAGAGGGUCUCAUCAGCUUUCUGUUCUGAGGUGUCUUGUGUUCCCAGGCAUAAUGUAGACUUCUGUGUUUUGGAGGAUGUUGUUUUGGCUGAGGAAACGGGACCAGCAUUUCUUCCUGAGGAAUCUAUCUGUAUGGGUGAACAUCUUGGUGAGGGAGUGCUGCUGAAAGCUCAUGUCACAUCAUCAAGUUCUAGAUUUCAGCCACUUGCUGUCAGUCCUUUGUCAUUAGACAAUCUGAACCCAGCAGGUGAAAUUCCAGUGGUGCCUCCACAUGCAUGCCAUGUCUCUGACCAGGCAGAAGAGCUGGAAGACUCUGGCCGCUUUUCCACCAAUGUUCAGGAUAGCAGAGAAGUUGAUGGGAAUGACAGGGUAAGGCUGAGAAGUGAGGAUAAGCACAGUGGUGGACCUGGAAAGGCUGCCCAGACAUUUGAUGAAAGAGAUGAACUGCACCCUGGAGGAGUGGCAGCACCUUCUAGCACAGAGAACCCAGAGGCUUGUGUUGCAGCUUGCCCCUACUCUGGUACUAAGAAUGUGGAGCCAGCUAAUCCUCACCCCUCUGAAGAAAAUUUAGGAAAAGCUGAGCUUCAUGACUUUAUUCAAGAUUUAACCUCAGAGCUCACCUCUGUGGCUUCAGUAUCUGGCCCACAGCAAGAGGAUGCUGGUGGAAAAGUCACUGUGAGUCCCAAGGACUGUGCUGGUGCCAACCUGAACGAAUCACUGGAUUCCAUAGAGAAGCCAGCUAACCAAGCUGCUUCUCUGUGCAUGCAGGACCCAGCAUCAGGAGAAACUGCUAUUGUAACCCCUGGCCCAGAGGAGGCCAGUGCUCCCCAUGAACUGCUUACUUCUGAGGAAGGCUUUCAUGAAGACCUUAGUGGCCCAUCUUCUUCCUCUGUAAUAUACACGAGCCCUCUUUCUCCAGAGGGGAGCCUUCCUGGGGAUAGAGGGACUGUGGCUUUCAUUGCAGGGCCUCUGGAACCACCUGAAACACCAGGCAGGACUUCCACUCCCCUGAACCACCCAGAGACAAUUCAGCAGUACCAACCCCCCCCAAAAAAAAGUUCUUUUACACGAGGAAAAGAAACUGGAACAAAUAUGGCUCAUGAAACGCAACAAACGCCCUUACUUCAUCAUUCUGACUGGAGUUUAAACCAACAAGAGCAUGGAUCCAGAAUCUCCAGCAUCCUGAGUACCCUAACUUGGCCCUCUGAAGAAGAUACGGUCUUUACCAUGAACCAGCAAGAACAACCUCUGUCCCCUGUGCCCAACUCAAGCCUACCUCUGGUGUCUGAGCCUGAUGCCAAACAUGUCCCCAGCCUUAGUCAAGCUCAGACCCCUGCACUUAAUGCAAAUCACCUUGCCCAACCUCCAGCCCUUGAUAGUUACCAGCCGCUCAUUCCUGUGCCCCACUCCAGGCCACAUCUAAACUGUGGUAUGGAUGAUAAUGAGUUACAAGCCAUUCCCCCUACUUUACGCCGUCCUCUACGGACUGCCUUCACUGUACCUGAUGCUAAUAUUGUGCCCCCUUCUGGUAGAGAUGUAGCAGAGAAAGUUGUUCUUCCAUCAACUAGAGAAUGGGAUCUCUGUGACUUGAGUACCCAGGAUACAGAAACUUCUGAUGACUCGGGGGUCAGUUUGUUGGCCAAAAACUUUUCUGCUGUUGGAAAUGAGGCAUCGGCCAGCUGCUCUGACACCAGCCCUGAAACAACAGUUCAGCAUGUGGGUAUACAGUGUGGAAGAUCGUCGCCUGACCACCCUUCUUGGCCCUCACUGGAAGAUCUGAGAACAUCCACAGACUGCAAAAGCAAAGACUUUGUACAGCCCCUUCCAAUGCUAGCAUUCACCAAUCCAAUUCAUUUCCUCCAGUUGAGCCCUCCAUCACCACCAACCACCAGAACAACCUGCCAAGAAGAUGAGGUCUUUGGAGAACUGCGAUGGGACCAGCAGGCUGACCUCUUUGGUGUGGAUACAAAGAACAUUCAAGCUCCAUCAGAAAUUACAGAGAAAACAGAAGGUGAGAGAAGGAUCAAACAAAGGCUGGAAAGACAAGGAGAAGAACGCCAUUUGGUGGCUCAGUCAAAGGAAGAAGUGCCCAGACAUUUACCCUUGGAAAAAUCAUCAAGCUGGCCAGACAAAAAAACUAUUAGGAUAGUUGAACAAGAACCAUCAGCCAAUCAAGAAAGCCCAAUUAAACGUCGAGUAAAAAGCAAGGACUGGCACCGGCAGGGCCUGAAGAGAACGUCAGUACCACCAGAUAUCUUGCAGGAAGUCUCUCCUGUUCCUUCAGAGGAAGAAGCACACAAGGUGCACAAGGAACCACCAGUCAGUUCAGAAACAGUAAUAUUGCGGGAGAAGAAACCUGCAGACACAAUGGAGAACUUCAAACGUCGGCACUCCAAACUCAUAAACUCCUCAAGGUUGCUGUAUCAGGAGUACAGUGAUGUGGUUCUGAACAAGGCCAUUCAAAGCCAGAAGAGGGUGGAUUCUUUCUCAGAGGAUAUGGAGUCAAGUUUCCCAAGCUCCCCAAGGUUACGGAGGAAAUUGCUGCCUCCCCAGGACUCAUAUUUGCAACGUCUGUCAGUCUCAUCUACUGCAUCCCUGUGGCAGGACAUCCCCAUGAUACGGGGCAGCAGAAUGCUGCUCAAUAUGUCCCGUGAUGAGCAGAAGCUGCAAGAGGCCAAAUUUGAGUUGAUAAUGUCUGAGGCUUCAUACCUGCGCAGUUUAAAUGUGGCAGUGGAUCACUUCCAGCGAUCAGCAGAGCUCCAGGCAAUGCUCACCAAUCAGGAGCGUCAGUGGCUUUUCUCCCGCCUUCAGGACGUACGUGAUGUCAGUGCCAGUUUCCUUUUUGACUUGGAAGAGAAGUUUGAGGAGGACAUGUUCACCUUCCAUGUAUGUGAUGUGGCUCUGAAACAUGCCCCUGAGUUCCGCAGGGUAUAUCUACCAUAUGUAACAAACCAGACAUAUCAGGAGCAAACCUUCCAACGGUUACUAAAUGGAAAUGCAGGAUUCCAGCAAGUUCUGGAGAGACUGGAAAGUGAUCCAGUAUGCCAACGUCUCUCACUUAAAUCCUUCCUCAUCCUCCCUUUCCAGCGUAUCACUCGACUCAAACUCCUCCUACAGAAUAUCCUGAAGAGAACUCGGCCUGGGUCUGAGGAAGAAGUGCAAGCAACACAGGCCUAUGAUGCACUUGAAAAGCUCAUCAAGGACUGCAAUGAAAAUGUCCAGCGCAUGAAGAGCACUGAAGAGCUGAUCUACCUCAGCCAGAAGAUUGAAUUUGAGUGCAAGAUAUUCCCACUCAUUUCACAGUCAAGGCGACUUGUGAAGUGUGGUGAGUUGACAGCACUGGACUUCAACACCCCAAGUCCAAAAUGGAAAGUCACCACCCGUCCCAUCUACUUACAUCUCUUCAAUGACUGUCUGCUCCUGUCUCGGCCGAAGGAGGGUGGACGUUUUGUUGUGUUUGAUCAUGCCGCUUUCUCAGAAGUGCGUGGGGAGAAGUGCGAGAUGAAACUACAUGGAACAAACAAAAAUGUUUUCCGUCUCUUUCUACUUCAGAAUUACCAGGGAAAGAGAGUAGAGUUCCUGUUUCGAACAGAGACACACAGUGAGAAGCUGAGGUGGAUCUCUGCUUUGGCUCCUCCACGAGGGGAACUGGAUCUCCUGGAAUGUCCUGAUGCACCACAGGUUCAAUGCAUAAGGACAUACAAAGCUCGGGAAAAUGAUGAGCUAGCUUUGGAGAAAGCAGAUAUCAUUAUGGUUAUGCAGCUCAGCAAUGAUGGAUGGAUGGAAGGAGUGAAACUUUCAGACAGGGAGAGAGGCUGGUUCCCCUCAGAACAUGUGGAAUAUAUCUCCAGCAAACAAGCACGGCAGAAGAACCUGAAGGAAGAACAACGCGUGAAAAAUGCCAAGCAGCAGGUCUUCUGCAAGAAAUAACUCUACCUUGUUUGGACCUGUACAGCCUCCCUGGCAUAGGGAAACCGGGAAACCACCUUUUUCUAAUGUGCUUCAGAAGAAGCACCUCUGCAAAGAGCGUAAUACAGCACUUUGACAGAAACAGGUGCUUUUUGCCAAAGAAAGCGGGAAUUCAAUCAGGAAAAGUCAUUUACUUCCUUUCUAUCACCAGGAUUACAGCAGCAGUAGGAGAGAAAAAUGUUGCAUGUAUUGCUUGCUUUGUGGUAGUAUGGAGGAGGGACUUUAAUCAUAUAGAAGUCUAAGAUCUGGACUUCUGAAAAUAUAUUCUGUUUUUUUCCACUCACAGAUUGCAGAACCUUGGGCAAGUCACUUCAGAAUUCUGCCUCAGUUUUCCCAUCUGUGAAAUGGGGGUACAUUUACCUACCUCACUGGAUGUUGUGAGGCUAAAUUUGUUAGUAUUAACAUACUAAGAGCUUUGAGUUCCUGAGAAAGAAGGUGCUAAGUGCAAAACACAGUCUAGUUGAGGAGAGUUUUCCAUUUGAAAUAUCUUCUUGAUAUCUUGAUGGUAUUAAUAUCCGCAGUAUAAUUUCUAUUUAGGACAAUUUAUCUAUUUGAUUGUGCAAGUCUACUGAUUGUUUUUAAAUAGGCACAGUGUUUCAUUGUACCUGAAUUUAACUCAGUCUCAACAUACUGUUAAGAGUACUUGACAGCAGUAGAAAAUUAAUUUGAGUUUCAGAAAAUUCUUGGAAGUCACUGUGAUGAUUUCCUGCACCUUAAGAGGUAUCAAGCUGAAGAAUCUGUUUCACAAAGGUCACCUCUCUCCUGAACAUGUGUCCCAGUAAGCAAUGAGAAAUUACUAUUUUUUCACACUGCUUCCCACUCAAAGUAGAAAACAGUUACCUUUGACAUGUAACCAUGGCAUGUUUGUACAUGCCCUGUACAAAAUAACUAUGACUAGGCAUAUGCAAUGAAGUGGCAAUUUCCUGCUGCUCUUAAUCUGAUAGCUGAUGUGGUAUUGCAUGCACCAUUUUGCACACUUAUAGAAAACACUGAGAUAUUUAGCCACUGUAGAUAAACUCAAAAUAUGUACCAGGGCCUCAGUUCUUUUGUAGAACUCCCUGGUUUUAAGUCAGUUUACACACAGUCCUGCUUUUGUGCAGAACCUGUCUAUUUGAGGACAUGCCUUCAAUUUGUAAAAUAGUGUUUGUGUUAAAGGAAAGUGUUUGCGUUUAUUUACAUCAAUGCAAGAUCAAGUAUAAGAACCAAUACACCAAAGAAAACAGUGUGUAGCCUUCUUGCAUUUAAUAUAUUUGAAGAAUUAGUUAUCUUCAUAUUUCCAACUUUCUUUUUCUGUAACACUCUACCUAUAUGUCUUAUUUACACUGUACCUGGUAUGACUAAUUCCAGUCUAUUUAUGUCAAUAAUUUUA